UGGGUUUUAUUGUUUUAUCGCAUUGCAGGCUGUUACGUUACAUAAACACUUUUCAGCACUUUAAGGUGGAUUUAUGCUUGACGCAUCGGUCCGCACGAACGGCCGCGGUGACGUCACAGCCGUUCCCAGUCCAUCUAUACUCGCGCGUCUAGGCACGUCUGGCACACCCACUUCAGUGCAGUCUCCUCCCCAGACACAGGGUGUCGCUGCUGAUAAAAGGCUCCACAUGGGUGAAAUCGACACAAGAAGAAGAAGGAUGCCAUCAACAACCGUGGCACCGGCAGCGGCAAUGCUACUGUUGAUGAUCGAAGAGGAGGAAUUGAUCCUUUCAAGCUUGCUUCAAAGAAAGAGACGAAAGAGAAGGCGUGCUCUGUUCGUCCUCUGAACGAAGACAGACAUGCCAUGGGCGAAUUCAACAUCCUGGUCAACUCCAUGCGAGAGACGGACGAAGAAAUGCACUUCGCAUAUUUCCGCAUGUCUGAUCAGCGUGCAGGAGAGGCUAGCGGUCACGCUGAGGAUCCCGGCAUCUGGGAGCAAUGAAAGAACCGUUGCUGCCAGCUAUAAACUGGGAGCGUCGACCGUCUCCACCAUCGUCAGCUAGGUGUGUGCGGCUAUCUGGCAGGCACUGAAAAGUGACUUUGUGUCCUUGACCAAAGGCGAUCAGAGCCCCUCCACAUGCAGGAAGUGACUAUUUAAAUUACAAAGGUGAACAUUCCAUCGUGCUCAUGGCCAUCUGUGAUGCAAACUACCGUUUCACAAUGGUGGACAUUGGAGCCUACGGUCGUGAGAGUUAUGGGGGAAUCUUCCAGAUCAGUCGUUUUGGAUCACAACUCCUGCAGAACACCCUGGACCUGCCCCAGCCUGUGAACCUGCCUGGCACUAACACCAAGCUGCCUCAUGUGUUCGUGGGAGAUGCCGCCUUCCCACUGCAAGGGAACUUGAUGCGUCCAUAUCCAGGUGCCAAUCUGGACGAUGCCCAGAAGACCUACAACUACUGGCACUCAAGGGCCCAGAGAACCAUUGAAAACACCUUUGGUAUCUUGGCAGCACGCUGGAGGAUUCUGGGCAGGCCUAUUGACUUUCACCCAGACAAGGCUGUGGCUGUUGUGAAGGCUUGUGUUGCCCUACACAACAUGCUGGCACACACUGAUGCUGCGGUGUCUUCAGUGUGUCACUACAUCCCACACACCUUCCCAGACGAUGCAGCACAAGGACUCUCCACCGCACCUGCAUCCCGUGCUGCACUUGAAGUGAGGAAUGACCUAAAGUCAUUUUUCCUCACAGAGGAAGUGUUCCCUGGCAGGACAAUGUCAUCCGGAGAGGUUCCCUUCACUGAGCUGCUUCUUUAAAUUGUAAUUUGUGGU